ACAUACAUAUCUGCUUGGAUACCUCGUUACCUCACUAUCUCGCGAGCCAAUAGGAUUUGGAACAGGCUGCAUAAUAGCACGAGACGGGCAACACGGCUCGUCCUUAAAAAAGUGAACCCCCAACUAAGGCGGUUAGGCUCAAAUCUUAGCAAAUGACUUGAACACCUCCAACAGCGAUGCGCCCUGCUAAUUCUCCACCCACUUCUCCAUUACUCACUCCGGGCCGUCCUCAAACCGACUAUGAUGCCUCAUCCCCUCUACUUACUCUGCCUACAGCUCCCGAACACGACACUCCUGACCUCGAUAGUUCUAUGAAUGACCACCAGUGGCAGCCAUCAGAGAACGCUCCCACUACUGCGCAUGUCGACCACGACCACGACCACGGAGUCCAGCACGGGGAUGACGACAAGGACAGUAGCGCCGCUACUAGCCACAAUAUGUUGAGCCCUGAUGUUAGCACUGAUGUGGAAGAAGGUGGCGUGCUAUUAAAUGAUAUGGAUGUAGACAAUCAAACCGAUUUCAAUUACGCCAUGCCACCCCACGAACCUCUCGAUCCCUUCGAACCCCUCUAUCAAUCGACCUUUGUUCCCCUCGACCCUCUUCAAAUCUUCGUCCAACAUUCGCCUCCCAUUGUCGCUGUUGAACCUCCACCACUCGAACCUCUAGCCAACUUAGUAGCCGCGCCUCAACCUUUAGAUGCGCCUCCGCCGCCGCCGCCCCCAGAAGUCCCAGAUUUUGAAGAUGACGCCGAUCCUGAAAUUACUGGCCUUCACCCUAUGGCCCUAAGCAAUGCGAAUCCCAUGUCGCUAGGACCGGAGAACCCGCAUGUCAUACAGUUUCUUGAACUCUGGGGAUGGCAGGGCACUGCAGAUACCCAACUUAGGGUUCAUGGUCCUGUGCCAUCCUAUUCACAAAUACGCCGUCUCGCUAGGGAGUGUCCGCGCCGAGUCGAGUGCGGCGAGUUGAGAGGAAAUGAGUACGACUUUCAGGGGAUUAAUUGGAAGGAACUCGGAAUCACGAGGGGUUUUGCGCGACGCCGCCGUAUGGCAACUUUCCGCAACUAUGUCAACAGGCCAAACUCGGAUUCGUGGUAUAAUGCGUCUUGCGACAAGUUACUACGCCCAGUGGAUAACCACUUUCGAUACAAGAGUAUGGACAUCAGGCGCGACGUGCGCUUGCUACAUUUCCAGCUUCGCAACAUCUUGGGCGUCGCAUCACGGUCCAGGAUAUUCUACCCCAGCUUCACAUCCAUCCGAGAGCACGAUCCAACUACGGGACGGGACAGAGCAGCAAUGCGCUUCGACAGUCAGACCGAUGCCCAUAUCUCUACCCUGACUGCCAACAACGACAUCAUGAUCGCUGGUGGCUUUUAUGGAACUUACCGCUACCGUCACUUAGACUCUUUCGGUGGCAUAGAAACUCACGAAGGACGAUUAACCAACAAUCUUAGUGGCAUCACCAACCACGUACAACUACAUUCCUCUCGGUAUUCACCCACACCGUUGGCUGCUUUUGCCUCGAACGAUUUCGGUUUCCGGGUAGUCGACUUGUCUACCAAUACAAUAACAUCGGAAAUGAUGUACGAUUUCGCCAUGAAUUGCUCUGCGCUCAGUCCCGAUAUGAGGCUUCGGGUGAUGGUCGGAGAUCAUCAGAAUGUACUUAUCACCGAUGCAGGAACGGGCGAGAUCCUUCAAAACCUAGAAGGCCACAGAGACUAUGGCUUUGCAUGCGACUGGGCGCCGGAUGGCUGGACCGUGGCCACAGGAAACCAAGAUAGGAGUAUCAGGAUAUGGGAUGCUCGUAAGUGGAGAAACAGCAAGGGCGAGAGCAAUGCUGUUUCCGUAGUCCGGACUGAGAUGGCUGGCGCCCGCAGCUUGCGUUUCUCCCCUCUCGGAUCUGGCAAAAGGGUAUUGGUUGCUGCCGAGGAGGCUGAUUACAUCAAUAUAAUCGAUGCUCAAACAUUCAACACUAAACAGACAAUCGAUAUAUUUGGCGAGCUCGGCGGUGUCGAGUUUGCGAAUGGUGGGAAUGAUCUUGUUGCCUUGUCUUGCGACCUUUCUCGGGGUGGGGUGAUUCGCUUGGAGCGGUGCGAUGCCGGCACCGAGGAUACCCAUAACUACGCACAAAGGGAAUAUUCAGAAUCUAGUAAAUGGUGGCGGACAUCUGGGUACGACUGGAUGCAAAGUCCAGAGCAGGUGGUGGCAGCGCCGACGUCACAGGCGACUCUUACGCAAAAGAGAAGACGGGCGGCGAUGCUGGAAGACUGGACCUUUUAACCAUUUCAUCGUUUGACGUAUUGAGUAGUGCAGGUACAUAAGGGGCACAACAAGAAUGGCUCGAUGGAAAGGCGUUUUACGGGAGUUCUGAGCAUUUAAAUAGGGCAGCAAGCGACGGCAUGGGUUCAUUGCUUCCUCUUUUACUUAUCGUUCACUCGGUUCAUCAUUAUCAUUAUCAUUAUUCCCCUGACGAAAUUUUGCUUUUAUUUCCCCUUCAAAUUCAAAUGUCCAGGCGGGAGGGGGCCUUGGACAUGGA